AUGAGGUUGAAACUAAAAUCCGAAUGCGGUGUGUCCACAGUAAAGGUUGACCCUGAGAUAUUGUUUCAGGACUUUGUUGCAGAUAUAAAAGCGAACACUGACCUACAUACAGAUACAUCAGAGUCAAUUUGUGUGAUCAAAACUGGAUUCCCACCAAAACCAAUUGACUUAGCUUAUGGUCCAAAGACAACGUUACAGGACAAGAAUGUGAAAGAUGGGGAUCAACUAAGUAUUACGUUUGCCUCGAAUAAGCGUCCAUUAUCACCGGACCUGAAUUCAAACACCAACUGUACGCCACUCAAUGGCUUUGAACUGAUGGCACCUACUGCGACAAACAAAAAACGAGACUUGAAGGACGACAUUCCUGCAGUGUACAUAGAACUGGAGAAUAAGUACUUGAUACUACGAAACAUUCCUGAUGAUAACUCGUGUUUGUUCAACUCGAUAUCAUACGCAAUAUCAGGACACGAUUCGUACACUACUUUCUCGCCCCCUCAGGAGCUACGUAAAGUGGUAGUCGAAUAUGUGAACAGGGAUCCAGCUUUGUAUUCCGAAACUGUGUUAGGUCGACCUCGAGAGGAGUACUGUCGAUGGAUCUUGAAGAAGGAUAGUUGGGGUGGUGCAAUUGAAUUGGGGAUCUUGGCGGACUGGUAUGACGUUCGAAUCACUUGCAUUGACAUUGAGCUGGGAAAUUUUAUCCAGAUAGAGAAUGAAGAGAAAAAGCCAUCCAGAUUUAUUAUGUUGAUCUACAGUGGAAUCCAUUAUGAUGUGUUGGCACUGAGCAACGAAAUUUCAACCAAGAAUAAGGAAAAUGAUGAAUGUGUAUUUCAAAUUGGCGACGAUAGAGAGAAACCCAUUGUUGAUGCCGCGAAGAAGUUGUGUAAAUUGUUGCAAGAGAAGGACUAUAGUACAAACACCACGACCUUUAGAGUACGUUGUUUGGAUUGUUAUCUGAUCUUAGUGGGAGAGCUUGGUGCAUCUAAACAUGCCGAACAGACUGGGCAUUUGAAUUUUGGCGAAGUAAAGAAAAAGUAG